GCUUUUCCAACAAGUGACGAGCCGUGUCCUCCACACAGCUGAUGUCUGCUUGCUCAACCUCCUGCGGCGAUGGCUGGAUCAACCGCAGCGUAGCCUGCGAGAGCGGCGUGGAGGCUGAGUGCUCGGGCACGGCCCCGCACGGCGCGGAGAGCUGCACGGAGACCUCGGGGUGCGGGAACUGGAGCGUCAGCGAGUGGUCUGCUUGCAAUGUGACCUGCGGCUCCGGGGUCCAAACGCGGGAGGUGCUGUGCCAGGAUGGCACCUGCCAGGGUGACGGCCCUGUGACGGAGCAAGCUUGCGUGGAGGUCUCCGGCUGCGAGUGGCAGCUGGGCAGCUGGAGCUCCUGCAGCACCAGUUGCGGCAACGGCGUCCGCAGCAGAUCUGUGUCAUGCCCGUCUGGAUCAGCGCAGGAUUGCGGCGAGUCACCGGUAACUUAUGAGACCUGCUCUGAGAACAGCGGAUGCUCGUGGAUUGUCGGCAACUGGUCUGCCUGCGAUGGAACCUGUGGCCAGCGCGUGCGCGCGGUGUACUGUCAAAGUGGGCUGGACGAGGAUUGCUCGGACCGACAGCCAACCAAUGUGGCCACCUGUGACCUGGAGGUCUGCUCCGAGACCUUGGCGGAGCCGGCCAGCUUCGAGGCGACGCUGGAGGUGGGCGAAGGCACAGACGCGGAUGCGGUGGCGGCAUCUUUGCAGGAAGCGGUGUCGGAAUCGCUGAAUGUGGCUCCAGAGGAUGUGUCAGUGGAGUUGGUGAACGGCGGCCGCAGGCUGGCGGCUUCGCAGAUGUUGCAGUUUCUGGUGGAGGUCCGGCAGGCCACCAAGGGCCUGGCGGAAUUUCUGCUCUCCGAGACCAGCCUGCAGGCGGUGGCGGUGGACGUGGCCCAGGAUCUCGCGGACAGUGGCAUACCAGUGGCGGUGCAGAUGAGUGUUCGGCCUGUCACAACUUCGACAUCUUCCACAACCUCGACAGUAUCCACACCCUCAACACCCGCCUCUAUGGCUCCAACAACUUCAGCCUUAGCAACAACUCCUGCUGCUGGUGGCAGUGAAAUUGCAACCACCACCUCAGUGACCACACUCCUUUCCACCACCCAGGGCUCCACGACACAAGAGACGACCAUGUCUGCAACGACCACUGGGGCAGAGACCACGGCGACGGUGGCGGCUGCGGUCUCUGCCACUGCGCUCCCUGUGCAGGUGUCGACCACGGCCAUGGCCACGUCGACUGAGGCCGCGACAGCCACGCCGACCACAAGCCAAGUCUCCACGACACCUGGAGCAAUGGUGGUCUUGCUGGCAAGCCUGGGCACCUUGACCUGGAGAGGCCGCCGCAGGCAGCUCCGCUCCUACCAAGCCUCAGUCAACAGUGAUGCGGCCAAGGUCUGGAGGACGGAGAAGGAAGGGCACUAUCCUUGGGAUCAGAUUGCGGACGUGCUGGCCGGCCUGAUCUGGGAACCCAGGAUCGCCGCCAAGCUUGAGGAGGAGCGAGGAGGGGGUGCCAAGUCCAAGCAACGGCCGCAUCUCCUGCGUCUCCCAGAAUCCGAACCCUGUCUCCGAGCCGCCCUCCCUGUCCGGGUCGCUGGGCUCUGAAGCAGGGCAGGCGGUGGCUGCGGCGGCAUGGCAGGUGCAGAGCGCCUGCACGGUCGCCGGCGCAGUUGGGCAGAUGAGCGAAGACAGCGGCAGCACACGGCCCUCCAGCGGAGGCUCCAAGCCGUCGCAGGACGGCCCGCGCGGCGGCGCCGGCCCAAGCAGCG